GCCUUUGAACCCUUUGUUGUGUCGCGGGUGACGUCAGUGCCGUGUGCGGGAGACGGAGCGGCGUGCGCCUGGCGAGACAAAGGCGGCGGACCGACCGGGGUCAGGCAGCAGCACAGAGCCGAGAAGAAUCACAGCUUUUUUUUAAAAACUAAAAGGUAUCCUCUAACCUCUCAUUUCAGCAGCGGUUUCCCCCAGAGUGAAACGCAGGAUGAAGAAGCAGUGACACUCAGAAGAGGGUAUAUGCUUUGACUUCACCCACAAAGAGGAAAAACCCCAAACAGAGCCAUCUUUUCAGGUUUUAAGGUUUUUCUCCUACGCCCCCCUUUUAGCGUGCUAGCUAGCUCACCUCGCCUAGCAGCUCCAUAGCGCUGCACAAGCACAGAUCUCCUCCUCCUGCUGGCUGCUUCUCAUCUCUCCCUCCACAAGAAGAAGAAGAAGAAGUGGGCGACAAGAAGAAGAGACGGGAGCUCGUCGACAAAGUCAGGAUCAAAGGGGUGAGCUCACUCCCAACAAACACAGGCAUCCGUGAUCUGAUGUGAGAUCAACGGAGAGACUAUGCCGAGCCCUUUAUUCCACCCCGAGAUCAUGGACCACGACGUGGUGAUCAGCCAGCAUAACGGGGUCGGUCUGCCCCGAGAGACGGACCAGGAUACCCGGGAAGAGCACCAAGAGGCGCUACGCUUCGCCCUGGACCAGCUGUCACUCAUGGGUCUGGAGAAGGUGGACUGUGGGGGCGGCAGUGGUAGCGGAGGAGGCGGCGGACUUGUAGAUCCUCUGGAUGGGACCCAGGGUCCGGGCUCUGAUGGCUGCAACGGCGUGGGCGGAGGGGGCUACGUGGAUCUACAGAUGCUGGAGCAUCCUAGUGGGUCCCGGGACUCGCCAUCGUCUUGUUCUCCAUCCCCGGAGUACUACGGCUCGGGCGGGUACCACAUGGCCGGCUCUCACUCAAUGCUGCACGGGGAACAAAGCAGCGUCCUCUGCAGCAGGAAAAGAAGUGUCAACAUGACUGAAUGUGUGCCUGUGCCCAGCUCUGAACAUGUGGCAGAAAUAGUGGGAAGACAAGGUUGUAAGAUCAAGGCCCUGCGUGCAAAGACUAACACGUACAUAAAGACUCCGGUCAGAGGUGAGGAGCCAGUGUUCAUCGUGACAGGGCGCAGGGAGGACGUGGAGAUGGCCAAACGGGAAAUUGUGUCUGCAGCAGAGCAUUUCUCUAUGAUCAGGGCGUCCCGCUGCAAAGCUGGAGCACCUGGAGGAGGAGGAGGAGCAGCAGGAGCAGGUGGAGGAGGAGGCGGCAGCGGUGGCGGCUCUCUACCUGGACCGCCACACUUACCUGGACAGACCACCAUACAGGUGCGGGUGCCCUACAGAGUGGUGGGUUUAGUAGUUGGCCCAAAGGGAGCAACUAUCAAGCGCAUCCAGCAGCAGACCCACACCUACAUCGUGACCCCGAGUCGAGAGAAGGACCCUGUGUUCGAGGUGACUGGCAUGCCAGAGAACGUUGACAGAGCGAGGGAGGAGAUCGAGACCCACAUCACCCUGAGAACUGGAACCUUUGUGGACCUGCAGGGAGACAACGACUUCCACACCAACGGCACUGACGUCAGUCUUGAAGGCCUUAGCGCCCUGAGCGGAGGCUUGGGAGCAUCUCUGUGGUCAAGAGCCACUGGCCAUCACUCUGGCCCACCUCCUCCUCCCCCCUCUCCUCCUCCUGCUCUCUCUAUGUCCAUGCACCACUCCUCUAACAGGAAGAUGUCCUCGUCAGUGGGCUACCACACGCACAAUGGUGGGAUGAGCUCAGACAGCUACAGCAACACCCGCAAGGCCAACGAGGGAGGCAGCCCCACCAGUCCCUUUAGCACAGGCUCCAGCAGUGCUGGAGGAGGAUUCACUUUUGGGGGCGACUCCACACCGGGGCUCCCUUCCUCAGAUGAACUUGGUUUUGAGUUCGCCGCCGCCAACAUCUGGGCACCUUUCGUCAAUGGUGGAGCGGGUGGUAAGGGGUCGGGCUCAGCUCAGCAGCAGCAGCAGCAGCAGCAGCCUCUACGCCGCAACAGCAGUGGCCUCAGUGGUGGUGCCAUCACUCCACGAUUGUCUCCAACUCUGCCUCAGGACGCAGGUGUGGGCCCCAUGGAUCACCCCUUAGCUCGCCGUGCCCAGAGCGACCCCCUCAGCACUCUCUCCUGGCUCCAGUCCAGCAGUGCUGGCGGCGGCUCCUUCUCCGGAGCAUCCAGCUCCAGCUCAGGUGGCUCUUCCACCGGUUAUUCCUCCUGCUCGGCUUCCUCUCUGCCUGGUGGCUCACCCACUGACUCUGAGGGAGGCAGCAGCGGCGUGGGCCUGAGCUCAGGGAUGCUUAGUCGGCUCAAAAGCGGCUCUGGAGGCCCCGGGGUGGCAGGUCUGGUGGGCGUUAGCCCGGGAAUCAACAGGGACUGCUUCGUGUGUUUUGAGAGCGAGGUUACAGCGGCCCUGGUGCCCUGUGGCCACAACCUGUUCUGCAUGGAGUGCGCUGGGCAAAUCUGCCAGUCAGCUGAGCCAGAGUGCCCAGUCUGCCACACUCCCACCACACAGUGCAUCCGCAUCUUCUCCUAAUGCCCCGGCAGAAAGGGGGGGGGUGUGGGUUAAUAGGAAGAGGGGGGGCUGGAAGAAAACUGGAGGGGGCAUCAGCUGCCACCAGGCGGAGACGAUGGAAGGAUUCACACUAAUAACUAUCACACACACAUGAUGGACCAUAAUAAAUGCAUUAAUAGAGAUGAUGAUACUAUAAGGAUGUUGAUUUAUUUCUGAUAACUGUCAAAGUUAAUAAUAACAAUAAUAAUAAAUAAGUACAAAGACUUAUUUCCAGAGGUAAUUGAAAGCGUCUGCAGACAGUUGGGGCUCAGACGGUGUUGGUGGUGAACUUUUGGAAGGAAACUAGUGUCUUAUCUCUCUUCAGGCCUUCAUUUUGACCUGCAGCAGCCCGCACUGCUGACAGGUCCGUCUCUACAUCUCUUCAUUCUAGCUUCUUCAGAUCUUUGCCUGCUUUCUCUCUCACAGCCUUUCCUUUUGACACUUUUGUACUUAACAGAUAUUUUUCGAUGAAGCUGUCAAUGAGGCCUGCACUUUUCUACUCCCUUAUUUUAACGUUCUCGAUAGGACACAAACUGUUCUGACAAAUCCCCCCACCCCCCACCCCCCCCUCCUCCUCCUCCUGCUCCUGCUCUCUCACUCAUGCUGUUGUUUGUGACAUGGCGUGGCAGGGGGGGCGGCUAUUUUUCUGUACGCUUGGAACUUUUUUAUUAAAGGUCGGGCACGUAGUAGGGCACCUAGCAGAACAAUGCACCCAGGGGACCUCCUUUAAGAUCAACUCCCAUUUGUCUUUGUCACACAAGACAAUUAGCCAUCAGCAAUGCCAAAUGAAUGCUAUUAAUAGGCGUGUAUUAUUUCCUGAUCAAAUUCAAUAAUAUGUAGAUGAGUCUGCCCCACAUUUGGAAUGUGGAUGCUGCAUUGAUUCACAUUAAUACUCCUUUAAUAAGUGAGGAAUGUGAGGAGUGUUGCUGUCUAAGGUCAGUUCUCUGUAUGUUUGGGCUGCCUGACAAUCCCUUUACAUCUGUCUCUCUGUUUGUGUGUGUAUGUGUGUGUGUGUUUGUGAGUGAAUAAUGCCCACUCAUGCUGUGUUACAUCAGCAUCAUUAAGAUCUGGUUUCCUCUCCUUCACUUCACUCACUCAGUCUUACAGGAAGUGGAUGCUCUGGUCCAUCCAACGCCGGGAUGUUCUCCUCUCACAUCCUCCGUCUGUUACUCUCAGAUCGGCUCGAUUAGUGUUUCCUACUCUUUACGUUUCACUCUGACUGCAGACUGUGUGGCAGACAGGCAUGUGUUGAAUUCGAGGAUGUGAUGGGGCUUUUUCUGAUGUCACUCAUGAAGGUUUAUGUCUAGUGAGGUUUUUUUAGGAGAUGGUCGCUCCACGUAACAACAAGGGGCUCGAUUUGAACCUUUUAUUUUUCAUGCACUGUAACUCCCAGCCCCUCUAAAAAUGAAAGAAAAAAAAGAAACAGCUCUUACUGUUUUUGUUUUGGUCUUCCACCCCAUUUUCACAGCAAAGCUGUUAGGCACUCUCUCAGAAGACACACGCACAGCUGUCCUCCUGGCUUAAUGUAGUUUCCUAUAUGGUUAGUUGUUUGAGAUUUGUUCUGUUUCCUAGCAUAACUCGGUUACUCCAAGUGAGGCGGCUCCAUCCUGUUUUUGUGUUUGUGUUUUUAAAUUCAGCGUGAGUUUGCAGUAACUGCCGCCAGUAGUGUUUAGACUGUACGUAUGAUUCAGGCAGUGUCGGCGCGGUGGUACACGGUUGCUGUUAGCAGCCCUUUUAAACAUGCAUGGAAAUCAGCUCAUAGAGUGAGACAAGCCAUGACGACAGAAUUAAGACACUCGUAAUUCUCAAAGGGCUUCCUCUGACUGCACAGACACAUGACCACAUUUUUCAGGCUCACACAUGUAGGUUAGAAUCAACUUAUCCUUUAUGGCAGCUAGUAGCUAGGUCAUCCAGGGCUUCCAAACACUUUUUGUGUUCAAAUCCCAGCAGCUGCAGAAUGUUUUUGCUCUUUGUUUUUAGUAUUUUUUUUUCUUUCAGUGUCCCUACAGUCAUCACUCUCUGAUCCUGUCUGUUGUCUUGCAGUGUGUCAGGAUGGGUUGUAGGGUUUUAAUAUCAAGGAAAAAAGGGUAACUCUACUUGAGUAAAUAGUUGAAAUGGGCAGUUGCUGCUGUGCUUUGGUGCUCCAGCCAGUUUAAUGUUUAUUUGCUGUCUGACUGUUCGUUUGCUUCUUACGUGACAGCAGCUCCACAGAGGAAUCUAAUAAGUCGCUGUCCUGGUUGAGCACAGCAGUGCACUAGUUCAUGUGUCCAAAUGUGUAGGAAAAAAAAAACUGCCCAGGAGCUGAAUCGGUAGUCUUUAUGAAGACUGUCACAUGGUGCUUUGGUGCAACUCCCUGCUGAAACACAGUUAAAGAACAAAGCAGUGGGGAGGGGGCCUUUUUGGAUUCUCAUUCUGCAGAUCUGACAACCCUCGUUCUCAUUCUGGUCCAAACACAGCGGCCCAUCCCCUCAUCGGGCUGGUAUAUGUUGCAUUUUGUCUCGUACUCGUGCACACUCGGGAACAGACACAGGGCUGCAAAUUUGUCUGAAUGAACAGAUCAGAGGUGACUGUGUGAGUCUGCUGAGGCCAAUCUUAAAAAAAAAAGCCCUCCUUCAAGCUGUCCAAGUGUUCAAGGGAUAAAAUGUGUUGUAAAUGCCAGAUAGGGUCUAAUAUAGACUCCCGUGUUGCACUCGGAAGUUUCUGGCCAAUGAGAGAAUGUUAGGGUUUAUUGUACAGUAGUUUAAUUGUUAAAAAGGUACAAUUUUUCAGAUUGACUGCUGAAUUUUUAUUGUUAUUAUUUUUUAGCCAAACCUUUCCCCCCUCCCCCGUUUCCUUCCUAAAUGUUUGAAAACAGGGUUUCCUGAGGCAUGCUAGCCAGUGACCUCUGACCUUUUUUUGUGAUUUGAGGGGGGGAUGCAAAGAGAGCCACGCCAGUAAGGGGUGACAGACACCUCUCAGCCUCCGCUCUCCUAUUUUUUGCUUUAAUUCUUUUUGUAUGCAGAACCAAAAUGUAAAAUGUCAGUAAACUAGGUUUCAGGCCUGACCUGAGUGUGUAAAUACCCUGAAUACAAUCAUUGGGAUCUUGUUUUCAAAGCAAAAUGACCUAAUUGAAGAUAAGUGUAGUUUCUAAAGAACAUGUAUCAUUAUUUGUAAGUUAACCAUCUGCAUGUCUUCAAGCCACCUGGCAUUAGCUAAUAAUUUUUAAGAUAAAAAAAAAAACUUUUUACACAUUUUAUUUUUUACAAUUUAUUUGCUUACCUAAAUAUCCCAGACAAUAAUGUGACCCUUUUUAUUACUUCAAAUUUAUUUUUGUUUUCCAUUUUUUUAUUUUCCUUAUUUCCUGUGUACUACAUAUAGGCAAUUUAUAACAAAAUGAGAAAAUUAUUGAAGAAAUUUUAAAAUUGAAAUAUAUUUUAUUUGAAAGUUUAUGGACCUUUUAACCGUGAGCCGGGGAAAUUGUAUAAUCAUAUGAUUUGAGCUGACUUGACGGUUAUAAGAAAUGUAUCAAGAGUUUUAUUUUUUAUGCUUCUUUAAUAAAGUCUUGUUUUUGGUUUCAUUUUUUUACUGUAAAAUAA